CCGCUCCGCUGACAGGGUCCGAGGAAUGACGUUACCCAAAAUAAAGAGAAGCGUGAGACGAAGAGAGACCGUUCCGAGGUGAAAGGAGGAAGCCACUGUCGAGCAAAAAGCCAAAAAGGACCCCCUUCUUUAAUACCUUUUAACAUCUUCAAACUUCAAAUUUUGUUUUAAACUUCCCCACCGUUUCCAGAUCUAUCAUCACCUAAUAUCUACUCAAUAUCUCCUCCUCCUCCUGUUCUUCGUCUUCUUUCUCAUCCGCCACUGUCGCCACACCGAAGCUCUCUCCAAGAACAAUGCCCGCCACUGACACAGAUUUCGAUCUCAGAUCUUCGUCUCAGUCCGCUUUCGGAAUCGGGGAGUGCGCCUUCGCGGAUGCGGGAAACUUGGAGCAUUGUGCCAAGUAUUUGAACCAGACGCUCGUGACGUUCGGAUUCCCGGCCUCGCUCGAUCUGUUCGCCGGCGAUCCGGUUUCGAUUGCGCGGACCUGUAAUUGCAUUUACUCUCUGCUGCAGCAGAGGCAGCGUGAUGUUGAAUUUAGGGAGUCUGCUAAUGAGCAGAGACAGCGACUUCUAUCUGACAUAUCGAGAUUGGAGGCCAAAGUUGAGAGGCUUGAGUCACAGUUACAAGCAAAAGAUAGGGAGAUUGCAACCAUGACCCGGACGGAAGCAAAAGCUACAGCAGCUUUUAAGGCUCAAAUAGAAAAAUUGCAGCAGGAGCGGGAUGAAUUUCAAAGGAUGGUUAUUGGUAAUCAGCAAGUGAGGACUCAACAAAUUCAUGAGAUGAAGAAAAAAGAGAAGGAAUACAUAAAAUUGCAGGAGAGGCUUAACCAAGUUUUGAUGGAGAAAAAGAAGGAAUCGAGGUCUGGCAUGGAGAUAAUGAAUCUUCUUCAGAAAGAAGGGCGACAACGUGGGACAUGGAAUGGAAAGAAGACUGACAAUGAUUUCUAUAAAAAAAUUGUGGAUGCCUAUGAGGCAAAAAAUCAAGAGCUGAUGGCAGAAAAUACUGAUUUGAGGGCAUUAUUACGGUCAAUGCAGGUUCUAACUUCUACAGGUAUGAUUGACUUGCAGGUAGAUAUGCGUGAUUUCUUGAAUGCUCCAAAUGGGUUGUCCAAGCAAUCUUUGGUUGUCAAUGAAAGAUUUGAUACAGAUGCCUCACAGUCCCCAUUGGGUGGGAGGACGGAUGUCUUUGAUUUGCCGUUCCACAUGGCUAGAGAUCAAAUAGAAGAAAGUCUCAGAAAUAAGAUGACCUCUAUAAAGGAGCGCAUGGUUCAAUUACAAGAUGCACAGAAAGGGGCAGAGGUUACUUCUGAAGCAACUGAGAGGGAGCUUGAGCUUGAAGCUCAACUUGUUGAGGCACGGAGCAUAAUCCAGGAGCAGGCGUCGAUAAUGUCUAAACAUCUUGCUAAGUCUGAGAGGCCAAGGGAGUCUAUCAUAUCAUCACCAGCUGAGACAUUUGUUGUUAUUCAGGGCGUAUGAAAUCAACAUGUAAGGUUAUGAGCACUAAGUUUUGGUCCUUAUGGAGGUCAAGCCAAAGUUGGCUAUGUGGAGAUUAGUGGCUGCAGGGAGGCAUGUAAUACUAUGUUUACUCAUUUCUGAUCAAAGGAUCUGGAACAGUCAAUUUGGAUGUUUAAUUUUGAGCUUUUAUGUCAAUAUGAUCAGUAUCUAGCUGUUCCUUAUGCUUACUUAAAUUAUUAUCUUUAUCUAGCUGAUUUUAUUUCAUCCA